AGGAAAACAGGUAGUGCCAGCGCUACUCAGAGUCAACUUUGGAUCCUUUAGCUUGAUAAAGCGCAGACGUCUCUCUAUCUUGUAUAUAAAACCAACACCAAGGAUCCUUGGAAACAAUGUGACCGGAGUAUCAGAAGCUGUUCAGACAUGGCGGGUCUAUUUGACAAGCAGGCAGAGACCUACCUCCAAGCGAGGCCAACUUAUCCAAGUGAGUGAUACUCGAUGCUUGCCGCCCGCACCUCUCAUCACUCUCUGGCUUGGGAUGUCGGUACCGGCAACGGUCAAGCUGCUCUUGGCGUCGCAGAGCAUUACGAGCAAGUGAUAGCAGCUGACGUUAGCGAAGGUCAACUAAGUUUCGCAAUGUCACAUCCUCGGGUUCGCUACGUGCACACUCCAGAAUCCAUGACAGAGGAUGAAAUGGUGGCCCUGAUGGGUGGCGAAAAUCGGGUCGAUCUGAUCACCGUUGCUACCGCGGCGCACUGGUUUGACCUUACAAAAUUUUACAAGCUGGCCAAACGCCUUCUGCGUAAGCCAGGAGGUAUAAUAGCCGUUUGGGCUUAUAAUGACAUAGACGUUAGUCCGGAAUUCAACACCAUAAGUGAGCGCCUCCGCGAAAAAUUUUCGCACUUCCGUUCCGCGGAUGCCAAGUACGCAGUUGAAGGGUAUAGAAAUCUUCCCUUUCCUUUUGAGAGUGUGGGUUUAGGACAUGAGGGACAACCAAUGCAACUCGAGAUUCCAAAGGAGCUCCUGUUCGAAGGGUACCUGAAAAUUGCCAAAUCAACAUCAACAUUUGAGUUAGCCAAGGAACAAGGGGUGGAUUUGUUAUCGGAAGAAGUGAUUGAAGAGCUUGAGAGUUCUUGGGGAGGGCCUAGUAAGGUCAGAACUGUCACCUACAAGGCUUUCAUGCAUGCAAGAACAGUCACAAAAAAUUAAACUGGUAUACGACAAAUGUCAAGGUUGGAACCGGUUCAUCCACUUAUCUGCAUAACUGCUGAACAGAGCAUGAGUAUAAUGGCCGAGAUAAGUCUCGACUAAAUGCUUCGAAUAAAUGGUCAAGUUGCAACGUACUUUUGCCGAGACAAACGCAUGUUCGCAAAUUGAUCUCUGAGAGAAGAAAUCAUGGUGCGAUAGAGUAGAUUCUUGAGGCAACCAAAUGUUUACGGCAUAAGAAAAGGGUAACGAUA